AUGGCUGAUACUGAAAAUGUUCAAGAACCAGAAACAGAAAUUAAUAAUAUUGUCGACGAUUUAAUUAAUGAAGAACAACAACCAGCAACUAUUGAAUCAGCUAUUGCUGAAGAAAUACAUGAACCAAGAAUUGAGAAAGAAAAUCAAGAUGAAGAUAUAUUAAUGAGAGAAAACUUUACAAAUGAAACAAUUACUAAUAUUCAUACAUUUCUCUUCGAUAUUUUAGCAUUUUUCUCUAAUUUUCAAUCAAGUCUAAUUGUAGAAUAUUGUCAAGAAACACAAAAUUGGAAUUAUAUUGAACAGUUUUUUAAUGAUGAAAAUACUCAUAUUUUACCUAUAUUCUUUUGUGAUCCUCAAGAAAGAUUUCGCUUUAGUAAACGAUCAAGCAUAAUUCUACCACAGUUGAAUCAAUCAGUAAAAAGUGAAGAAUCUUGUAUUGGAAUUGGAAUAGACAAACCAUUUGAAGACGGUGGUGUGAUUUUUAUAAAACCAAAUACAAUAAAAUUAACAGAUAAAAAUUUUAAAAAUGAAUUAGUUAUUUUUUCUAUGAAUUUUGAUCAACAAAAUCUUGAUCUAAUGAUAAAUCUAGAAACAAUUUUACUUAGUUAUUUACCAUCAAUUAAAAAAGCUGAUGAAUGGAAUAAAUUAAAUUUAUUCAAUGAAAAAACUGAUCAAAUUAAAUUAAAUUUAAUAUAUCAAAUUGAACAAAAUGCAAAUUUUUUUCGAACAAUACAUAAAUCAUUUAUUGAUUGUAUUCAAUUACAAAAAGUACCUAUACGUCUAAGACAUGAUACACAAGAGAUUAUUAAUCCAAAUUCACUGUUACGUUUUGUUCAAGAUACAGAAUUAGUUCAACAAGCUGAAGAAACAAUUAUUGAAUGGAUAAAAGAAAUUGAUAAUUUUUAUCGAAAGAGUACAUUAGUUCGACAAAUAAUGUCUGAUUCUGGUCCAUUAAAUGAAGUAAAAUAUUGGAAAAAACAAGUUAUACAAUUAAAUCAUCUUGUGAAUCAACUUCGAUUACCUUCUAAUCGAGCUGUUAUUUAUUUACUUAAUAUUGCUGCAAGUCCACGUUCAAUUGAAUGGAGAGAAAUUGAUAAAAAAUUAACACAAUGUAUUAAUGAAGCACGUGAUCAUUAUAAAUUUUUAAUGAUUGUUACUAAACAUAUUGGACCACUUUAUCGUAAUGAUCCGUGUGAAAUUCAAGAAAAUCUUAAUACUCUUCUCAAUACUAUAGUUCUCAUUAAUUCAUGUUCAGAAUUUUAUUCCAAACCAGAAAAAAUUGCUGGUCUACUUGUUUCUAUAAACAAUCAAAUGGUAAUUAGUUGUAAAAAUUAUUUAACUAAUAAUCAUACAAUUGAUAUUCGAACACUUAAUAGAAAAGAAUUAUUAAAACGUAUUGAUUAUAUUCAUAAUUUAUAUGCAACAUAUCGUGAAAUAUUUAUAAAAAUAAAACAAAAAAUUGAAAAUCAUUAUUUAAACAAAACUAAUGAUCAUCUUUCAGAACAUCAUUUACUUGGUCAACUUGAUUUUCUUAAUCAACGUUUGACUAGUGUAAAAAUUCAAAUGAAAUCUCGAUUAAAAAAACUUCGAUUAUAUUCUUUUGAUACAAUCGAUGCAAAUAUUGAUAGAAAAGAUAAUGUCAUACAUCCAUUAAUAUUAACUAAUGUUGAAUUACAUUCUUCUAUUAUUAUAUUAAAUCCAAGUAUUGAUGAAAUUCAACAAUUAAUGCAUCAAUUAGUUAAUUAUGUUUUAAAUAUUUUUCAUGGUGUACGAAAAUGGGGCGAAGUACGACAUAUUGAUAGUAAACUUAUACAUAAUUAUCCAAUGCAUGAUUUUUCGGAUUUAUUACCAACAGAUGGAACUUUAGAAAUAGAUAAAAUGUCAGAUAGUGGAAAAGAAAAUUUACGACAUAUUGAACAAGCCGAAACAUAUUAUAAUACAAUAGCAAAUAAUAAAGAAUUAACUAAAUUAUAUCAAAAUAUUGGAACUUUUUUUGUAGAAAAUCAUGUUCGAUUUGAAAAAGAAUUAGAAGAAUAUUAUGAAUUUCGUGAUCUAUGGGAAAUGAAUAAGAUAAAUCAAGCAAAAAAAUUCAUUUUAGCUAAUCCUGGUUAUGCUGCUGUUCGAUCAAUAUUUGCUGAUUUUGAUGACACAAGAGAUUUAAUUAAACGAAUACCUGAAUCAAAAGAUAUUGAUCCAUUUUGUUAUUUAACAAAUAAAUUAAAAUCAAAUUUAUUUGAUGAAAUUCGACAACUUGAAUUAAUAUUUGCUAAAUAUAUUCGAAUACAUUAUCGAAUGAAAUUUAUGAGUAUUAAUGAUUUUUUUAAAAAAACUGAACCACGUUUAAAUCGACAAUUAAGAGAUCUUGAUGAUGUACGAUUUGUUAUUAAUGCACUUGAUACAUUAAAAGAAAAUUUUGUUUUUGUCGAUCAUACUAUUGAACCGUUAGAAGAAGUUUACAAUUUAUUCAAACGUUAUUCAAUUGAUAUUCCUCAAGAAGAACAAAUGGCUAUUGAAAUGCUUCGUAGUACUCAUGAACGUCUUCUUAAACGAGCUAAACAUGUUACACAUGAUCUUGUUAAAACUCAACAAUCAUUUCUCGAUCGUUUUCUAAUUGACACGAAACAAUUUCAAAAUGAUGUCACAGAUUUUGUUGAAGAUUAUGAUAAUAAUGGUCCAAUGAUUGAAGGUUUACCAGCUCAAGAAGCAAGUGAUCGUUUAACACAUUUUGAAUCACGUUUUAAUGAUUUAUGGAAACGUUAUGAAACAUUUGUAGCUGGUGAAGAAUUAUUUGGUUUAGAUAAAACUGAAUAUAUUCAUUUACAAACAAUUAAAAAACAACUCAAUUAUCUUAAACGUCUUUAUGGUCUUUAUAAUGAUGUUAUAAAAACAAUGGAAAUGUAUUAUGAAACAAAUUGGAAAGAUUUUCAUAUUGAUCAAAUUACAAAUGAAAUACAAGAAUUUCAAAAUAAAAUGAAAAAAUUACCAAAAGGCUUAAAAACAUGGCCAGCUUAUAGUGAAUUAAAGAAAAAAUUAGAUAAUUUUAAUGAAUGUUUACCACUACUUGAAUUAUUAAUUAAUCCAGCUAUGCAGUCUCGUCAUUGGGAACGAAUAGAGAAAUUAGCUAAAAUUCAUAUACCACAUAAUGAUUCAUCUAUAUUUUCAUUGAAACAUGUUAUGAAUGUUCCAUUAAUAAAAUAUCGUGAAGAUAUUGAAGAUAUAUCAAUAACAGCACAAAAAGAACGUGAUAUUGAAUCAAAAUUAUUUUCAAUUGAACUUGAAUGGCGUCAAAGAGAAUUUAAAUUUACAUCAUUUAAAAAUCGUGGUGAACUUUUAUUACGUGGACAAGAAACAUCAGAAAUACUUUCAGCUAUUGAUGAUUCAAAUUUAAUUUUAGCUGCAUUAGCAUCAAAUCGUUAUAAUAUAUUUUUUAAAAAUCAAAUACAAAAAUAUAUUGCUGAUUUAGCUAUUUGUGCUGAAAUGUUAACAAAAUGGAUGCAAGUACAAAAUUUAUGGAUUUAUUUAGAAGCGGUAUUUGUUGGAGGUGAUAUUGGUAAACAGAUGCCACAAGAAGCACGUCGUUUUGCUAAUGUAGACAAAACAUGGAUUAAAUUGAUGUCAAAAGCUAAAGAAAAUUCAAAUGUAUUAUCAUGUUGUAUAUCAGAUGAAACAUUAUUUCCGUUAUUAAAUAAUAUGCUUGAACAAUUAGAACUUUGCCAAAAAAGUCUUGCUGGUUAUUUAGAAACAAAACGUGGUGUUUUUCCUCGAUUUUAUUUCUUAUCCGAUCCAGUUAUGCUUGAAAUUCUUGGUCAAGCAUCAGAUCCAACAAAAAUACAACCAUAUCUUAGUUCAUUUACUGAAGCUGUUAAAUUUGUUGAAUUUCAUACCAAAGAAAUUGAUCGUAUUUUAUCUAUGACAACAAGAGAUGAUGAGAAAAUUCCAUUUUAUAAAGAUGUUAUAGCAAAAGGUCAAGUUGAAGAAUGGUUAAAUGAUUUUAUACGUACACAUAAAAAAACUAUGCAUCAAUAUAUUCGACAUAGUAUAGAAAAAAUGACUUAUGAAGAUUUUGAUUUAUAUAAAUUUAUUGAACAAGAAAUAGCUCAAUUAGGUCUUUUAAUUGUUCAAAUUAUUUGGACAAAACGAAGUGAAAAAACAUUACAAGAAGCAAUAAUUAAUAAAAAUUUAAUGAAUGAAACAAAUAAAUAUUUCUUAGAUAUGCUUAAUCAAUUUAUUGAUAAAACAACUUUUAAUCUAACAAAAUAUCAAAGAUUAAAAUAUGAAACAUUAAUUACUAUUCAUCUUCAUCAACGUGAUAUUUUUCAAGAACUUUAUACAACAGGAAUACGAUCUGAUUUAGAUUUUGAUUGGGCUAAACAAUGUAGAUUUUAUUUUCGUGAAGAUGAAGAUUUACUUCUUGUAAAAAUUACUGAUGUCACUUUUAUAUAUGAUAAUGAAGCAUUAGGAUGUCCUGAAAGACUUGUUAUUACACCACUUACUGAUCGAUGUUAUAUCUCUAUUGCACAAGCAUUAGCUAUGUCAUAUGGAGCAAGUCCUGCUGGACCAGCUGGAACAGGCAAAACAGAAACAACAAAAGAUAUGGCUCGAACAUUAGGAAAAUAUUGUAUAGUACAAAAUUGUUCUGAUCAAUUUGAUUAUCGUGGCCUUGGUAAAACAUUCAAAGGUUUAGCAAUAAGUGGUUGUUGGGGAUGUUUUGAUGAAUUUAAUCGAAUAAAUUUACCUGUUCUAUCUGUCGCAGCACAACAAAUUCAAUGUUUAUUACAAGCAAAACGUGAAAGACGUAAAGAAUUUCUUUUUACUGAUGGUGAUAAAAUUAUUUUAAAUGAUACAUUUGCUAUAAUAAUAACUAUGAAUCCUGGUUAUGCUGGACGACAAGAAUUACCAGAAAAUUUAAAAAUUAAUUUUCGUAGUAUUGCUAUGAUGGUACCUGAUCGACAAAUAAUAAUGCGAGUUAAAUUAGCUAGUGGUGGAUUUUUAGAUAAUACAAAUCUUGCACAAAAAUUUUUUACACUUUAUAAAUGUUGUGAAGAUCAAUUGAGUAAACAAGUUCAUUAUGAUUAUGGUUUACGAAAUAUAACAGCUGUUCUUCGAACACUUGGAACAGUAAAACGUACUCGAUCAAAAGAUCCUGAAGAAACAAUUGUAAUGCGUGUAUUACGUGAUAUGAAUCUAUCAAAAUUAAUUGAUGAAGAUGAACCAUUAUUUUUAUCUUUAUUAGAAGAUCUUUUUCCUGGUAUUAAAUUAGAUAAAGAAAAAUAUGAUGAUUUACAAAAAGCUAUUCAGAAAAAAGUUGAUGAAGAUGGUUUAAUUAAUUAUACUGAAUGGAAUUUGAAAAUUAUUCAAUUAUAUGAAACACAAUGUGUUCGACAUGGAAUUAUGGUUCUUGGACCAUCAGGAGCUGGAAAAACAAGAUGUUGUCAAAUUCUAAUGGGAGCAUUGACAAUUUUAGGCACACAUACGCGUGAUUAUCGAAUGAAUCCGAAAUCGAUUACAGCAUCACAAAUGUUUGGUAUUCUUGAUGUUGCAACAAAUGAUUGGACAGAUGGUAUAUUUUCUACACUUUGGCGUCGUACUUUAAAAGCUUAUGAAGUAUCAACGAAAUCAGGAAUUCAUGAAGCUUGGUGGAUUAUUCUUGAUGGUCCUGUUGAUGCUAUAUGGAUAGAAAAUCUUAAUUCUGUAUUAGAUGAUAAUAAAUUAUUAACAUUAGCAAAUGGUGAUCGUAUACCAAUGGCAUCUAAUGUUAAACUUAUAUUUGAAGUACAUAAUAUUGAUAAUGCAUCACCAGCAACUGUAUCACGUUGUGGAAUGAUAUUUAUGUCAUCAACUAUUCUUCCUUGGAGACCUAUAUUUCAAGCAUGGAUGAAUAAACAAAUAAAAACAAUUGCAAUUCAUAUAUAUGAAAUACUUGAAAAACAUUUUGAUGAACUAUUUAAAUUAUUAAUUACAAAAUGUUUACCAAAAAUGAAAGUUUAUGAAUGUAAUUAUAUCAAACAAAUUAUUGAUUUACUUGAUGGAUUAUUGAAUAAAGAAAUCGAAUAUACGAAAGCAUUUUUAGAACGAUUGACCAUAUUUUCACUUAUGUGGAGUAUGGGUUCACUAUUAGAAUUAAAUGAUCGAAUGAAAAUUGAACAAUAUUUUAUUAGUCAAAAUGAUAUUGAUAUUCCGAAGAAUAUGUCACAAAAUGAUUCAAUCUUUGAUUAUUUAGUUGAUGAUAAUGGCCGAUGGGAACAUUGGUCGACUCGUGUUGAACCAUGGGAAUAUCCUAAAGAUGAAAAAAUUGAUUUUGCAUCAAUUCUUGUUCCUAAUAUUGAUAAUGUUCGUAUAUCAUAUCUUAUUAAUAUACUUUCUAAACAAGAAAAAGCUGUAUUAUUAAUUGGUGAACCUGGUACAGCUAAAACUGUUAUAAUUACAAGUUAUUUAAAACAUUAUGAUACUGAACAGCAUUUAACACGUAUAAUAAAUUUUUCAUCAAUAACAACAAGUAGUUUUAUACAAAAAACAAUAGAAAAUUUUGUUGAUAAACGUGUUGCAAAUACAUUUGGUCCAUCAUAUGGACGUAAAAUGACAAUAUUUAUUGAUGAUAUUAAUAUGCCAAUGAUAAAUUCUUGGGGUGAUCAAGAAGCAAAUGAAAUUCUUCGACAACUUAUUGAACAAAAAGGUUUUUAUUCAUUAAUUAAACCGGGUGAUUUUCUUAAUAUAAUUGAUUUACAAUUUCUUGCUGCUAUGUGUCAUCCCGGUGGUGGUCGUAAUGAUAUAUCUGAAAGAUUAAAACGUCAUUUUUUUAUUUUAAAUUGUACAUUACCAUCAAAUAAUGCUGUUGAUCAUAUAUUUGGUUCAAUAGGAAAAUAUUUUUGUUUAGAAAGAAAUUUUUCUAAUGAUAUUAUACAAAUUGUUCAAAAAUCUAUUUCAUCAACACGUAUUCUAUGGCAAUUAGUUAAAGGAAAAUUUUUACCAACACCAGCUAAAUUUCAUUAUAUAUUUAAUUUAAGAGAUUUAUCACGUAUAUGGGAAGGUAUAUUACAAAUUGAUUCUGAACAAUGUCAAAAUGAUAUUGAACAAUAUCUUCAAUUAUGGAAACAUGAAUGUACAAGAGUAUUAGCUGAUCGAUUAGUUUUAAAUACAGAAAAAGAAUGGUUUAGAAAAGAACAAUAUAGAAUUGCUAAACAAAAUUUUGGUGAUAUUUAUAAUAUUUCAAUACAAGAAGAUUUAGAAGUUUAUUUUGCUAAUUUUCUUCGUGAAGAACUUGAAGUAACUGAUGAAAUGGGUGAUGAUAUUGAUCUCGCUGAUUUAUUACCAAAAGUUUAUGAACCAAUUUCAUCAUGGGAUACCUUAGAAACAAAACUAAUAGCUAGUAUGACUAAAAUGAAUGAAGAAAUUCGUGGUAGUAAUAUGGAUUUAGUAUUUUUCAAAGAUGCUAUGAUACAUCUAUUACGUAUUUCACGUGUAAUUAAUAUGCCAAAAGGACAUUUAUUAUUGGUUGGUGUUGGUGGUAGUGGAAAACAAUCAUUAACGAAAUUAGCAGCUUAUAUUGCAGGUUAUAAAUAUUUUCAAAUAAGUGUCUCAAGAACAUAUACAUUAAAUAAUUUUUUGGAUGAUUUACGAAAUAUAUAUCGACGUGCAGCUCGUCUUGGUCAAGGCAUUGUAUUUAUGUUUACUGAUAAUGAUAUAAAAGAUGAUCAAUUUCUUGAAUAUUUAAAUAAUGUUCUUAGUUCUGGAGAAGUUUCUGGUUUAAUAACACGUGAAGAAAUGGAUGAAACUUUAUCGGAAUUAUCAGUUAAAAUGAAAAAAGAAUAUCCAAAACGAGCAUUAACAAAUGAAAAUUUACAAAAUUAUUAUUAUGAAAGACUUCGUAAAAAUCUUCAUAUUGUUUUAUGUUUUUCUCCCGAUAAUAGAAAAUUUCGUGAACGUGCAUUAAAAUUUCCAGCUUUAGUUUCUGGUUGUACUAUCGAUUGGUUUCAUCGUUGGCCACUCGAUGCUCUUAUUGCUGUAUCAAAUGUUUAUUUAAAUCGUUUUGAUAUUCUUGUUACAUCAAAUACAAUAAAAAAGAAUGUUAUCGAAUUAAUGGCCGAUAUUCAUGAUGAUGUUAGUCGAAUAUGUGAAAAUUAUUAUGAAAAAUUUCGACGACGUACAUAUGUAACACCGAAAUCAUUUCUAUCAUAUAUAAAUGCAUUUAAAUUAUAUUAUCAAAAACAACGUGAAUAUUUUGAAAAAGAAAAAUAUAAAAUGAAAACUGGUGUUCAAAAAUUAUUUGAAGCAGCUGCACAAGUUCAAGAAAUUACACAAGAAUUAAUUUCUAAAGAAAAAUAUAUGGCUAUUGCUAAUAUGGAAGCAGCAAAACAAGUAGCCGAAAUGGAAGUAUUACGUAGUGCAGCUGAAAGCAAAACAAAAGAAGUUCAAGAAUCAAAAGAAACAGCUGAAAUACUUGUUAAACAAGUAAAUGAAGAAAAAGCACUAGCUGAAGAAGAAUUAUCAGCUGCUGAAGUUAUUUUAAAUGAAGCUGAAGAAGCUGUUAAAAUGAAGGAAAGAAAUGCAAAUUUGAAAAGAUAA